AUGGAUGCCUGGCUCUGGCCUUGGUUCCUGGUUUUUGCCACAUUCCUCCUGGUUUCUGGCUUGCCAGCUCCAGAAAUGUUGGUCAAAGAUAUAGAUGAGGGAAUUGAACGAGACAUAUUUGAUAUCAAUGAAGCUUUGGGACUGGACCUUUUUGAGGGAGACAUCAGACUAGAGACACAAGGGAAGAAUUCCAUCAUUGGAGACAACUAUAGAUGGCCACAUACCAUUCCAUAUGUUCUAGAAGAUAGCUUGGAGCUGAAUGCUAAGGGAGUUAUCCUCAACGCGUUCGAACGCUACCGUCUUAAAACAUGCAUUGACUUCAAGCCGUGGUCUGGAGAAGCUAACUAUAUAUCAGUGUUCAAGGGCAGUGGGUGCUGGUCUUCAGUGGGAAACAGGCAUGUUGGGAAGCAAGAGCUGUCCAUUGGGGCAAACUGUGAUAGAAUAGCGACAGUUCAACAUGAAUUCCUCCAUGCCCUGGGAUUCUGGCAUGAGCAGUCACGUUCUGACCGGGAUGACUAUGUCACUAUAGUUUGGGACAGGAUUCUGUCAGGCAGGGAACACAAUUUCAACAUCUACGAUGACAGUAGUUCAGAUUCCCUGAAUGUUCCCUAUGACUACACCUCGGUCAUGCACUACAGUAAGACAGCUUUUCAAAAUGGAACAGAGCCCACCAUCGUCACAAGGAUCUCCGACUUUGAAGAUGUGAUUGGCCAAAGAAUGGACUUCAGUGACUAUGACCUGAUGAAGCUGAACCGGCUGUACAACUGUUCUUCUUCCUUUAGUUUUAUGGACUCCUGCGAUUUUGAGUUGGAAAAUAUCUGUGGCAUGAUCCAAAGUCCAGGGGAUUCUGCUGACUGGCAACGGGUUUCACAGGUUCUGGGGGGUCCAGAGAAUGAUCACUCCAAUAUGGGCCAGUGCAAAGAUUCCGGCUUCUUCAUGUAUUUCAACACCAGCUCUGUAAAUGAGGGGGACACAGCAAUGCUGGAGAGCAGAAUGCUGUACCCCAAGAUAGGAUUCCAGUGUUUGGAAUUUUAUCUGUACAACAGUGGAAAUGAAAGUGACCAAGUGAACAUCUAUACCCGGGUGUACACCGCAGGCAAUCCAGAUGGUGUUUUAACCCUUCAGAGAGAAAUAAAAGAAAUACCCACUGGGAGAUGGCAACUUUACUACGUAACACUGCAAGUGACUGAAAAAUUCCGAGUGGCAUUUGAAGGACUGAGAAGCCCUGGUUCAUCAUCGGGUGGUCUGUCUAUCGAUGACAUCAAUCUGUCAGAAACCAGAUGUCCACAUCAUAUCUGGCAUAUACAGAAUUUCACACAGCUUCUUGUCAGCCAGAAUGCAGAAAUACACAGUCCUCCAUAUUAUUCUCCCAAAGGCUAUGCUUAUCAGAUUUACUUGAAAUUGAAUUCCUUGCCUAAUGUAGGGAUUUAUUUCCACCUGAUCUCUGGUGCCAAUGACGAUCAAUUACAGUGGCCGUGUCCCUGGCAACAAGCUACAAUGACACUCUUGGAUCAAAAUCCUGACAUCAGACAGCGUAUGUCAAACCAGCUGAGUAUAACUACAGACCCAACGAUGACCAACGAUGAUGGAAGUUAUUUUUGGGACAGGCCUUCCAAGGUGGGAAAUGUGGCUCUUUUCCCUAAUGGAACUCAGUUUAGAAGAGGCAGAGGCUAUGGAACCAGUGCCUUCAUAACCCACAAGAGGCUGACCAGCAGGGAGUUCAUCAAAGGAGAUGAUGCUUACAUCCUACUGACUGUUGAAGACAUAUCUCACCUCAACUCUACAGGGAUCAUCCCAGAUCCUGUCCCCCCCUCGACCAGCAUUGUCCCAGAUCCUGUCCCCACCUCAACGGUCCAAAAUGCCUGUUCUGAGGUUGAGUGUCAGAAUGGAGGCAUCUGCACUGUCCAUGAUGAUAGAGCUGAGUGCAAGUGUCCUGCAGGGGAAGACUGGUGGUACAUGGGAAAAAGGUGUGAGAAGAGAGGGUCCACCCAAGACACCAUAGUCAUUGCUGUUGCUUCCACUGUCACUGUGUUUGCGGUGAUGUUGAUCAUCACUCUUGUCAGUGUCUACUGUACCCGGAGGAAAUAUCGUAAGAAGACUAGUUCAAACACGGCAGCCUUGAGUCUAGAAAAUCAACAUGCUUUUUGA